CAUCCACGUCGGCGUUUACGUCUUUACGUACCAAAACGGUUUUUCAGUUCAGUGUAGAUGAAGUUUACUCUACUUGAAACAAAAAUAUUAUAGAAAAACAGAAAACAAAACCAAGAGAUUUUUUGCAAUUGGAUUUCUUUGAACAAAAAAAAUACAAAAAAUAAACACCAAGAAGUGUUGUUUACUGUGCAGUAGCGGUGCCACCAUCUAAUUUUUUGUUUUCUCUGUUUUGAAAAUAAAAACAAAUUUUCAACGACGUUAGCAUAAAAAUUAUUUCACUGGUUAAUAUUUUAGGCGCUCAAGUUGCGUCGUCGACAACAACCAAAACAAACAAAAAAUAAAAAAACGAAAGCAUCAAUUUCUUAUCAGAAAGUUUUUCAAACUUUUUUAACAGCAAAAUAACACAAUGGAUAAAAUGGAUCCAGCUAUAGAACAGCAAUUUGAUUUGAAUCUCAUAGAGGCGGUCAAGAUGAAUCCCGUCAUUUAUGAUCGCUCACAUUUUAAUUAUAAACAUUUUGUUAGAAAAGCUCAAACCUGGAAACAAAUUGCUGAUUCUUUAGGAGUGCCUGAACAAAAGUGCACAAAACGGUGGAAAAGUUUGCGUGAUAAAUUUGCCCGUGAGUUGAAGAUUAGCCAGGAUUCGAGAUGGCGUUACUUCAAGCAAAUGUCCUUUCUAAUGGAAUCUAUACGACAAUACCGCGAAUCAUUAUUGGGCAAAGUGACAGCAGCCGGUAUACCAGCAGCCACUACCACAAAUACGGUGACAGCACAAGUAGAAGCUCCGCAGCAAACAACACAUCAACACCAGCAGACAGCACAGCAACAGGUGGUCGAUUUGUUUACCACACCUUUCAAUGGCAGUGCUACCAUAACAACACAGGCUCUGGCAGGACAUCAGCAUGCCAUUGUUCUAACUAGUGACGCUGCACAAUUGGCUGCUGCUAAUAAUGCUGUUAAGGAACAGAAGACCUACUAUUAUGAGCCGGCUAUGAAACGUGAACGCAUCGGUGAUGAUGAACAACAGCAGCAGCAACAACAACAGCAACAGCAGCAAACACAACUGCAACAACAACAGCAGCAACAUCAUGAUAUGUUAAGUUCUAUAAAGAUCUUUCAAAAUAGCAUCAAUCAGGGUGUCAGUGCAGAAGAUCAGUCUUUUGGUAUGGUCGUUACCGAUAUGUUGAAUACGCUGGGCGUACGACAGAAAGCCGAAGCAAAAGUUCAUAUAAUAAAAUAUCUCACAGAUAUGCAGUUGCUGGCUCAACACAAUAAAUACUGAGAUACGGUGAUAACAACGGAUAAAACAUCAUGUAUAAUACAAUUUGAACAACAACAACAACAGCAGCAGAAACAGCAGCAGCAACAAGCACAACAGGAAACUGUAUUGAACACAACAGGAACAGCAGCUGAUGAAGAAAUUGACGAAGAAGAAGAUGAUGAAGAGGAAGAGGAGGAAGAAGGAGUAUUAGAGGAAAUUGGCAAUGGUUCCACUAGUCAACAAUCUUUAAAAGAUGACUAGCCCUUGUGGUUUUCACUAUUGCUGUUGUUUUAAAUUCAAAUCAAAUUUAUAAUUGUAGUGUUAUUUUGCUAAGCAAAUAAGGAGAGAGAAUCUUAUCAACUGCCAUGAAUGAUUAUAGUUUUCUUCGUGCUUAUAAUAACUGUAGUUUUUUUAGGUUUUUUAUUUUAUUAUUUACCUUUGCUGCAGCAAUAUUACACUAUAACUAAUAUAGUAAUAAUGUAUAUAGAUAACUUUUUUUUAGCUUUAAGUUAUACAUAUUAUGGACUAUCCAUAUUUAGUUUAAGUCUUAGUAUUUAACAAUCCCAAAACUAUACUAACAUGUAUAAAAAAAAGACAGACAUAGAAACGCAUAAUACAUUUCAUAUUUUAUAUAAAAUGAAAAUUAAUAAAAACAAAUCUUAAUUGAAUAGUAA